AUGCCCACUGUGGCCUGUGAGCUCAAUGGCAAACAACAUCUGAUGACGGAUAUAAUUGAAUGUGUGAAAGCAACGGACUAUCAGCUUGAACAAGUUAUUCAUCGUAGUAAAAAUCUAAUACAAACGUAUCCAUCUUCAUCGGCUUACUUCGCUCCUUGUGAUAUAAUUGCACAAGAAUUUUAUCAGAGAAAAUAUUCAGAUCUUCGUGGCAUUGACGACCAUGUGUAUUCUGUCACGUUAUCGCUUCAUUUGGACGGAGCCCCUAUCGUGAAUUGGAGAUAA